AUGCCUUUAAAUGUUAUGAAGGGAAAGAUGGCAGCUGGACCAGCCACUAAUGCAUCACCAGCUAACGCCUCGAGCAAACCUGUGGUAGACACUGACGAUAUCGACGAAAAUGACGAAUCGGGGCAGAGUAUCUUGCUAGGGAUUAUUUCACAGCUCAAGCCCGGCUGUGAUCUUUCAAGGAUCACUUUGCCGACUUUCAUUUUGGAAAAGAAGUCCAUGCUUGAGAGAAUCACAAACCAACUUCAAUUCCCGGAUAUACUGUUGAGUGCCCAUGAGGAAAAGGAUGAGCUCGAGAGAUUCGUCAAGGUAGUUAAAUGGUACCUUUCCGGCUGGCAUAUUGCCCCGAAGGCUGUGAAGAAACCUUUAAAUCCUGUGCUUGGUGAAUACUUCACUUGUUAUUGGGAUCUCCCCAAUAAGCAGCAAGCUUUUUAUUUUUCCGAACAAACCAGCCACCAUCCACCUAAAUCUUCGUACUUUUACAUGAUUCCCGAGUCGAAUAUAAGGGUUGAUGGCACGACCAUACCAAAAUCCAAGUUUUUGGGAAAUUCCACGGCAGCAAUGAUGGAGGGGCUUACUGUACUUCAGUUUCUAGACAGAAAGGGCCCCAAUGGUAAACCGGAAAAGUACACUUUAAGCCAGCCAAACAUGUAUGCGAGAGGAAUUCUUUUUGGUAAAAUGAGGAUAGAACUCGGGGACCAUAUGAUCAUCAAGUCUGAAAAGUAUAAAGUGGAUAUCGAAUUCAAAACGAAAGGAUUUAUCUCUGGAACCUACGAUGCUAUUGAAGGCGUUGUAAAGGAUCACGCAGGAAGUGAGUUUUAUGAGAUUACAGGUAAAUGGAACGAUGUCAUGUACAUUAAAGAUCUGAAGAAGAGAAGUGCAAAGACCGUUUUGUUCGACGCUACUAAAACACAACCACUGAAACCCCAGGUGCGCCCAAUUGAGGAACAGGGCGACUUCGAGUCGAGAAAACUUUGGAGUAAGGUGACGGCCGCGCUGGCGAAACAAGAUCACACCACAGCUACGGAUGAGAAAUUCGCUAUUGAGGACGAGCAGCGCCAGCUAGCGAAAAAAAGAUCCGAGGAAGGCUCACAGUUCCACCCCAAGCUUUUCAGACCGGCCGAACCUGGUGAUGACUUGGAAUAUUAUAUCUACAAGAAUAUACCAUCGGACGGUACUCAUGAAGAUCAAAUAAGGGCAAUUUUAGAAAUUGCUCCCGUCCUGCCAGGUCAGCAAUUCACGGAUAAGUUUGGUGUACCAGGGCACGAGAAACAUCAAAUUCAAAAACAGGUAGAAACGGCAGACUGA